ACUUGCCAGACCGAUGUAUAAACUGGUUUUACAACCUUAUCGUGUUUGUUGAGAAAGUAAAACAAGAAAAGAUAAAGGAAACAAACGGAAUAACUGACCGCCACUUUUCGUCGGUUAUUCGUUGUUUCCCACUCAUCUUCAUCCCAAUUUUCCCACUCCAUUUUCUCAGAAACCAAACAGAAAAUCCUCCGCAUAAACCUUUUACACCUGAACUCCCACACACUCCCAAAGCAAACCAAAGCUACACAGACGUCGAAAACAAAGCAGAAACGAGAGGCAAGCAGGCAGCGGAAUUAUCGAAUAUUCUCUCCACCCAUUCCUCCCCUUUCCCCGUUCCGAUCCGAUCUAGUUUUCGUCUCUCUCUCCCCACCCCUCCGAUGAGCUCCGGUUCUUCCUCAGCCGCCGGCGCUUCGCCGGCCGAAUCGACCGACAAGCAGAAGGAGAAGGCCAGAGUGAGCCGGACGUCCAUGAUACUGUGGCACGCUCACCAAAACGACGUCGCCGCCGUCCGGAAGCUCCUGGAGGAAGAUCCGUCUCUCGUCAAGGCUAGGGAUUACGACAAUCGGACUCCGCUUCACGUCGCCUCUCUCCAUGGAUGGAUCGAUGUCGCCAAGUGCUUGAUUGAGUUCGGCGCCGAUGUCAACGCCCAGGAUCGCUGGAAGAACACGCCCUUAGCUGACGCAGAAGGAGCUAAAAAGCAUAGCAUGAUUGAGCUUUUGAAGUCGUAUGGUGGUUUAUCCUAUGGACAAAAUGGUAGCCACUUUGAACCGAGACCUGUUCCACCACCGCUACCGAACAAGUGUGAUUGGGAAAUCGACCCAUCUGAGCUGGACUUCUCCAACUCUUCUAUGAUUGGGAAGGGAUCAUUUGGUGAGAUUUUGAAAGCAUAUUGGCGUGGCACACCGGUAGCUGUGAAACGUAUUCUUCCAUCUCUUUCAGACGAUAGACUAGUGAUUCAGGACUUCAGACAUGAAGUUAAUUUGCUGGUGAAGCUUCGUCACCCAAACAUAGUCCAAUUUCUUGGGGCUGUCACCGAGAAGAAGCCCCUCAUGUUAAUUACAGAGUACCUGAGAGGGGGUGAUCUUCAUCAGUAUCUCAAGGAAAAGGGUGCCCUUAGUCCUUCAACAGCAAUUAACUUCGCAUUGGACAUUGCGAGAGGCAUGGCCUAUCUGCACAAUGAGCCGAAUGUCAUUGUUCACAGAGACCUAAAACCAAGGAAUGUUCUUUUGGUCAACUCCAGUGCAGACCACUUGAAAGUUGGAGAUUUCGGAUUAAGCAAGCUCAUCAAGGUUCAGAACUCGCAUGAUGUAUACAAAAUGACUGGCGAGACAGGAAGCUAUCGGUACAUGGCUCCAGAAGUUUUCAAGCACCGGAAAUAUGAUAAGAAGGUUGAUGUCUUCUCCUUUGCAAUGAUACUCUAUGAGAUGCUGGAAGGGGAGCCACCACUUGCAGGUUAUGAGCCAUACGAAGCAGCCAAGUACGUGGCCGAAGGGCACAGGCCAUCGUUCCGUGCUAAAGGGUUUAUCCCUGAGCUCCGAGAUUUGACAGACCAGUGCUGGGCAGCUGACAUGAACAAAAGGCCUUCGUUCUUGGAUAUCCUCAAGAGGCUGGAGAAGAUUAAGGAAGUUUUGCCAUCAGAUCAUCACUGGCACAUAUUCAAUUCAUGACCAAAGCGAGAAUUAGUCAAGCAAAACGUCUUAUGCCCAACAACGUUGCUUGCUUCGUCGCUAGGAUUUAUUUUCCUGGUACACCAUGAUUGUUCCAACCCUGCAAAUACUGGAUGUCAAUAGUGUGGAAAAGCAUUUGUUCCCUGGGCUAGCCAAUUUUUGGAUCUGCCAGCAGCUCAUACAGAAGAAGAGGGGGAAAUCUCUUCUAUUUGGAUGAAACUCUGCAAAACGUAUAUUUUUCCUCUCAAAGUUAUAGCUGUGCUUGAGUAGAUCAUCUUGAAUAGCGAUUUUUGCAGUUUUGUAUGCGCCCUUUUUCCCUGUACUUUUGUGUUGCGAGAAAUUCUUAGGUGCUCAAGGAGCACCACGUUGGAUUGGUGACUUUCUGUACUGUAUACUGUUCAAGUGUACAAAAAGACUCAUUUUGAGUUCUCAAUCCAUUAUGUAAAGAUUCAGUGGUAGAUUUGCCUCUUAUCAAUCUGCUGUUAGAUUUUGUCAAAAUGC